CUACGCGACAGUUUCAUUUCCUUACCUCCUCUCCAAAUCUUGUACAGGCUACAGGGUAUAAAGCAUUAGCCUCACCUACUUCUCUCGCCCUCUGUUUUUCUCUCAGAUCUUACUUCUAAUAACUAAUCUGCACUUUCCGAUCGAAUCGAUUUUCAAUCAUAAAAUGGCUACAGAGAACUCUUUCAAGAGGAUAUUAAAGACGCUUGAGAAGCCUGGUGGUGGUGGUGAUUUCGGGAGAUACUACAGCUUGCCUGCUCUCAACGAUCCGAGAAUCGAUAAGCUUCCUUAUUCCAUUAGGAUACUGCUCGAAUCGGCAAUACGUAACUGCGAUGAGUUUCAAGUUAAGAGUAAGGAUGUUGAGAAGAUCAUUGAUUGGGAAAACACAUCUCCCAAACAGGUGGAGAUUCCAUUCAAGCCUGCUAGAGUUCUUCUUCAGGAUUUCACUGGUGUCCCUGCUGUUGUUGAUCUCGCCUGCAUGAGAGAUGCCAUGAAUAAGCUUGGUGGCGAUUCUAAUAAGAUCAACCCAUUGGUUCCUGUAGAUCUUGUUAUUGAUCACUCAGUUCAAGUUGAUGUGGCAAGGUCAGAAAAUGCGGUGCAGGCAAAUAUGGAACUUGAAUUUAAACGUAACAAAGAAAGAUUUGCUUUUCUCAAAUGGGGCUCAAAUGCGUUCCAUAAUAUGCUUGUUGUACCUCCUGGAUCUGGGAUAGUCCACCAGGUGAAUCUAGAAUACCUUGGCAGAGUAGUGUUUAACACAGAAGGAAUGCUUUACCCUGACAGUGUAGUCGGGACAGAUUCACAUACCACUAUGAUAGAUGGAUUGGGUGUUGCUGGCUGGGGAGUAGGAGGCAUAGAAGCAGAAGCUGCAAUGCUUGGCCAGCCAAUGAGCAUGGUCCUGCCUGGUGUUGUUGGCUUUAAACUUGUAGGAAAACUGAGAAAUGGCGUGACAGCUACCGAUCUGGUAUUGACAGUAACACAGAUGCUGAGGAAGCAUGGUGUUGUUGGCAAGUUUGUGGAAUUCUAUGGGGAAGGCAUGAGUGAAUUAUCAUUAGCAGAUCGUGCCACUAUUGCCAACAUGUCUCCUGAGUAUGGCGCAACUAUGGGAUUCUUCCCUGUGGAUCAUGUCACACUGCAGUAUUUGAGACUGACUGGCAGGAGUGAUGACACAGUUUCUAUGAUAGAAUCCUAUUUAAGGGCCAAUAAAAUGUUUGUGGAUUACAAUGAGCCUCAAAUUGAGAGAGUUUACUCUUCUUAUCUGGAGUUAAAUCUCGAGGAUGUGGAACCCUGUGUAUCUGGGCCAAAGAGGCCACAUGACCGAGUUCCAUUAAAGGAAAUGAAGGCUGAUUGGCAUGCUUGCUUAGACAAUAGAGUCGGUUUCAAGGGAUUUGCCAUUCCAAAAGAAGCUCAGCAAAAGGUUGCAGAGUUUACUUUCCAUGGGACUCCAGCAUACCUAAGGCAUGGGGAUGUUGUUAUAGCAGCAAUCACUAGUUGCACUAAUACCUCAAAUCCUAGUGUAAUGCUUGGGGCUGCUCUGGUUGCCAAAAAAGCUUGCGAAUUAGGGCUAGAGGUCAAGCCAUGGAUUAAGACGAGCCUUGCUCCAGGUUCUGGAGUUGUUACAAAAUACUUGCAAAAGAGUGGCUUGCAGAAGUAUUUGAAUCAACUAGGAUUUCACAUAGUUGGUUAUGGAUGUACCACAUGCAUUGGAAAUUCAGGAGAUAUUGAUGAAUCAGUAGCAUCUGCUAUCACAGAAAAUGAUAUGGUAGCUGCAGCUGUGUUGUCUGGAAAUAGGAACUUUGAAGGACGUGUGCACCCCCUAACAAGAGCUAAUUACCUUGCCUCUCCACCACUUGUGGUUGCCUAUGCUCUUGCUGGCACGGUUGAUAUUGAUUUUGAAACAGAGCCCAUUGGGACAGGGAAAGAUGGAAAGAAAAUAUUUUUCAGGGAUAUUUGGCCAUCCACUGAAGAAGUAGCUGAUGCUGUACAAUCAAGUGUGCUGCCUGAUAUGUUUAAAGCUACCUAUGAAGCAAUCACCAAAGGAAAUCCAAUGUGGAAUCAGUUAUCUGUAUCUUCUGGAACUCUCUAUGCCUGGGAUCUGUCAUCAACUUAUAUCCAUGAGCCACCAUAUUUUAAAAAUAUGACCAUGUCUCCACCUGGCCCACAUGGAGUGAAGGAUGCAUACUGUUUGCUCAAUUUUGGUGACAGUAUCACAACUGAUCACAUCUCACCAGCUGGUAGUAUCCACAAAGACAGUCCUGCAGCCAAGUACCUAAUGGAGCGUGGAGUUGACAGGAGAGACUUCAACUCUUAUGGAAGUCGCCGUGGUAAUGAUGAGAUUAUGGCUCGGGGCACAUUUGCCAAUAUUCGUAUCGUUAACAAACUACUGCAAGGAGAAGUUGGACCAAAAACGAUACACAUUCCUAGUGGCAAGAAAUUGUCUGUCUUUGAUGUUGCAAUGAGAUACAAAAGUGAGGGCCAUGAAACCAUUAUUUUGGCUGGUGCGGAAUAUGGGAGUGGAAGUUCCCGGGAUUGGGCAGCAAAGGGACCAAUGCUCCUGGGUGUGAAAGCUGUAAUCGCGAAGAGCUUCGAACGAAUUCAUCGUAGUAAUUUGGUUGGUAUGGGUAUUAUUCCUCUAUGUUUCAAGCCUGGUGAAGAUGCUGAUAGUCUUGGUUUGACCGGCCAAGAACGUUAUACAAUAGAUCUCCCAAACAGUGUAAGUGAAAUAAGACCUGGGCAAGACAUUGCAGUAACCACAGACAAUGGUAAAUCAUUCACAUGUACGGUUCGUUUUGAUACUGAGGUGGAAUUGGCUUAUUUUGACCAUGGAGGCAUUCUGCAAUACGUCAUCAGGAACUUGAUCCACGGAAACCAUUAAUUUUCCAGAGAAACAAACUCUAUGUAGUUCCUGAUCCUUUUCAAAGACGACUGCAUCCGAAUAAUGGCCAGGUGGUGGAGCAACACAACCAGCAGUGUAUUCAUGAAUAACCCAAGAAAACCAAGAUCAGUGUUUAUUUGAAGUUGUUGGGAUGGCUAUUUGUGUUUAUGAUAGAAGAUUUUACUUAUAUUUCCAAGUGGUAGACCAACAAUUCCCAAAUCAUUUUCUUGUUUUGCGAUUGUUGUUUCCCCGAGCUUCAAAAAAUUUCGAUAAAGUUUGGGGACUAACAGAAGUUUGAUAGUUUAAUGACUCAGCUUUUGGUCAAAAGAGUUCUAAAUUUCUCCAAGCACUAAUCAUAAAA